GGAAAAGCAGUCGUACAAACCAACUGCUUUGCUUAAGAUCAACCAAAAUCUAAACUCGAAACAAAGGAAAGGGAAUACCUCAGCAUACGUUAAAAAAUCGCCCAAUGACAACGAAAAAAGAGCGAACCGGCAACCAAUGAUUAACGAGCUGCCAACCGAAUAUUUCGUCAACCAUCUUCGGCCUGACUCGCCUGUGAUAUAAAAUUGUGACACAAAGACAACCGUGCCUCCGCAGGAAAGAAUGACAGACAUCGCCUACGAGGAGCUCUCCCAGGCGGCGUCCGAGCUGCUGCUGGUGGACGUGCGGCUGCGGGAGGAGGUGCGGGAGCAGGGCCAGCUGCCCGGGUCGCACGUGCUGCCAGUUCAGGAACUAGAAGAAGCCCUGGGCAUGAGCGAGGCGGACUUCGAGAAGAAAUACGGCUUCGCGAAGAUCCGUCCCGGAGACGAGAGGCUGGUCAUCACCUGCAGGUCUGGCCGGAGGGUCGGCAUCGCGGACGAGGCGCUCAAGGCCAACGGAUUCUCCAAACACAGACUGUACCGCGGGUCCUUUCUGGAUUGGACGGCGAAAGGAGGUCCUGUGGAAAAACCGGGAAAACCCUAUGAACCGAAAGAGUAAUUUUAUGAAAGAAUAGGUGGGAAAAAAAACAACAGCUGAAGUAACUGUUAGUGUGAGUAUUGUAUUGAUGAAAUGAAUAAACAAAGAGAUAUAUGAAUAUUGUGUUGAGGAAAUAAAUGUAUGAAUAGAAAUGAAAAAAUAUAUAUGAGCUGGUAAAACGUGAACUUAGGAAUUGCAAAUUGAUGAAGUAUAUCACACAAUUAACAAAUGCUUGUGUAAUAAAUAUAACAAUUUUUGUUAUAAAAAUCAUAUAGUUUAUUUUUAAAACAUCUGUAGUCCUAUGUACAGAAUAAACUAUAGUGUUUA